UCUAAUCGAUUUGUGAUGAUAGCUAUAUAAACGCUGACUAGCGAUAGAGCCCAAACAUUUGUACAGAAUUAGUGAACGGAUCACAAUGAAGUUUCUAUUGGUGCUUCCCCUCUUUGUUGCCUUGGCUUCGGCCCAGUUUGGUGGAUUUGGAGGUGGCCUGGGUGGCAACCGCCUGGGUGGAGCCCUCUCGAAUGCGGCCAACAGGGUCCAGCAGGGAAUCGCCAACAUUGCCAGUCAACUGCCUUCACCACCAAAGCUAACGAAUGUGCAGAACUUUGGCGAUUUCUUGGCGCAAUCUGGAAAGAAUUAUCUGAACGCUGCAGACAAGGCCCUGCACGAGGGCGUCUUCGCUGCACGCAAGAAUUUGGUGGAUGCCGGCAACGAUGCCUUUGCCAAGGGCGCCUCCAGCUACCAGCUGGCAGUGAAUGCCUUUUCGGAUCUGACAAAAUCAGAGUUCCUCUCGCAGCUGACUGGCCUCCGGAAAUCGUCGCAGGGAGCAUCGAAAGCCACAGCCAAUCGAAAACAGGCUAGUGUGCCUGCAGGAGCCAGCAUUCCCGAAUCCUUCGACUGGCGCCAGAAGGGAGGCGUAACUUCGGUGAAGUUCCAGGGAACUUGCGGAUCGUGUUGGGCCUUUGCCACCACCGGAGCCAUUGAGGGCCAUAUCUUCCGAAAGACCGGCACCCUGCCGAAUCUGUCCGAGCAGAAUCUGGUCGAUUGCGGUACCCUGGAGUUUGGUCUGAGCGGGUGCGAUGGCGGUUUCCAGGAGUACGCUAUGGCAUUCAUCAACGAGGAGCAGAAGGGCGUGUCCAAGGCCGAUGGUUAUCCGUACAUAGACAACAAGGAUACGUGCAAGUACAGCAAAAAUCUGUCGGGUGCGCAGAUCACCGGCUUCGCCACCAUUCCGCCAAAGGACGAGACUCUCAUGAAGAAGGUGAUUGCCACUCUGGGUCCCCUGGCCUGCUCCCUGAACGGCCUGGAGACUCUGCUGCAGUACAAGAGCGGAAUCUACUCCGACGAGAAGUGCAACGAGGACGAGCCGAAUCACUCGGUUCUGGUCGUGGGCUAUGGCUCGGAAAAGGGUCAGGAUUACUGGAUUGUCAAGAACUCGUGGGACAAGGUUUGGGGCGAGGAAGGCUACUUCCGCUUGCCACGCGGCAAUAACUUCUGCGGCAUUGCCCUCGAGUGCACCUACCCCAUAGUUUAGUUCUACUAAAAUUAGUCCCAGCUUGUAACUAAACGAGUCAAUAACAAAAAUGUACAUAUGUACGAUUACGAACUUCCCUCGCUAUAACUCUAUAUUUGAUCUAGAGCUAUCUGUUUGCUUGGUGAAAUCAGAUCUCCUGGACUCUCCUAUACUUGCAUGCCCAACGGCAGGAUAUACCUUAAAGUUGAAAACAUUUCAAAAAUUGAAUAGCGAUAUUCAUUUAAUAAAAUGAUAAAACA